UGACUAAAGUAGCAAUCAUAAAUUUAUGGUCGUGAAAAAAAUUAAACAAAGGAUUUAAAUAAACAUUUGCGUCAUUAAUUCUAUAUAAGAUAAAGUUUUUGUUUUUAUUAUUUAUUCGUUUUUUCUGCGAUUGUUGUAAGAAGGAUAAAAAGUUUGACGUUAAACUUAUUGACUAAAAUGAGUGAUUCUGAUUCUGAUGAUAACUGCCAUCACAAUUCAAAAAAGAAAUCGAGUAUCAAGAAAUGCAUUAAAGAAAUGAAAAAAGAAAUGUUGCAAAAUAUCGAAGAACGUGAAGUUUUGAUCAACCUUGAUUUGUUUGUAUUGGACAAUUCACUUCGCGAAACAACUGUUGGUGCUUUGCGUGGUCACACUCUUCAAAAUAAAUUUGAAAUUUAUGAACAAGUAAAAAAGGUUGGUUUCCAACAUUGCAUUGUUGCCUCAUUUUCACACAUGACAGACGUUUGUGACACUUUUAUUGAAGAAUUAAGAAAACAAGGGGAAGAUAUGAGCACUAUGUAUGCUUUCACAGAGUUUGCAAAUGAUGCUAACAGCGAAGGAAUCCCAUUAAGCAAUUUACCUGUUGGUUUACAAAAAUGCAAACAGUUAGGAAUUAAAAAUGUGAUAAUUGAAGCGGAUCUUGUUUAUUAUAAAUAUGAUUAUGAGAAAUUUGAUCAUAAUGCAAUGUGCGCACUUUUUAUUGAACGUUUUGAAUGGAUUCGAAAUAACUUAUCCAACAAUUCUAACAUUUUAGUUAAUCUAAGGGAUCUUCCUGAUGCACUCAAUAAAGUUCCAGAAAGGGCUUUAAAAAUGGUUGAGUUCCUUGCAAGUUAUAGACCACAGAUUUUUGCAAUUAUAACAGAAGAGUCCGGAAAGUAUUUACCCGAAGAGCUUGGUGUUUGGGUGCGCACUUGCAAAAAAGUAAUGAAUAAUUCAAAAUUUAAUGGUCAUUUCCUUAUACAUGUUCACCAACAAUGGGGUAUGCUUGACGCCACACAAAUAGAAUGUCUUGCUAAUGGAUGUACUGGUAUCUGGGCAGGUAUUUGUGAAGAAGGAGCGUCAAUGGGACACGCUUCGUCUUGUUUAACCAUAAUGAAUUUAGUUCGUAUGGGCAACAAAAAAGUGUUAAAAAAAUUUCACUGUGAAGAGUUACGAAAUGCAGCAAUUGAAGUAACACGCAUAACAACAGGCCACGAUCCUCAUCCCAAGCAAACAAUCUACGGAGCUCGUGCAUUAGAUCAAGUGUUUGGUUUGCCACAGUUUGACCCAACAAAAGCAAAAGACAUUGUGGGUGAUUUUGAUAUGGCAAAGUUUUUUGGUCAAGAAGCUACAAUGAGAAUAUCAAUACUAGCAGACGAAGCUAUGAUUUUAACAAGAAUGAAACGUUUGUUCGGUGAUCAUCCAUCGCAUACAUUUGAUAUUGCAAAAAAGAUGAAAGCACUUAUGCAUGAUGAAUUGAGAGCUGGUCGCAAGGAGGAGUACCAUAGUCCGAUGGGUCUAGCAAUGUUGUUUGAUCGAGCUGGAGGAAAGCUUACUUCAGCUAUGGCUGAAGCAAUUGCUCUGGUUAAUACAAAUUCUGCAAACAUUGACAGACUGAUUGGCGAACUAUACGAGCAGUGGAAACAAUGGGAUUUGCGUGAUGGUAAAGCAGAUGAUUGUCUCACAUUUGAUAAUUUUUACGAUGGCUUUAUGAAAGGUUACUUUGGCUGUUAUCGAUGUUCUGAAGCGCAGCAAUGUUUAAAAGCAAUCAAUGCUAAUGACGACCUAUCAAUUGAUUGGAAAGAAUUUUCCGUGUUUUUGAAAUGGGCUGGUUAUGAAUACCCCGAAACUAAAACCUCUGAAGAGUUGUUGGACAUUGCAUUUAGGAAAGGCAUAAUACCAGCUAUGCAAGAUGAAUUAAUUAGGAUGAGCAAGGCAAUGGUCUCAUAAAUUAGUAUUAUUAAUAUAAAAUUGGUUAUUAGUUGUAUAAAAAGUAUUUAAAGUGUGUUACAAACGUUGCAUUA